GCAGCAACAGCGGCGAAGCGGCGCAUCCUCCCGCGGGUCCGCAUCCCGCUGCCGCCCGGGUGUCAAGAAGGAGAAAUUAAACAAUCUAGGGAAGGAGCACCAGCUGAUCAAAUAACUUAACACUCACUUCAUAGGAACAAAUGACGCGUGUUGUUUCAGUGAGGCGCGCAUCGCUGCAGCUCCAGAACCAAAAUACUGAGGACCUCUGCUUCAAGUGGAGCUGGAGUUGACUUAGCAGAUAUGCAGUAUGUUUCAAUUUUCAAUAUUUCAAAGAAAAACAAAUCCAGAAAUAUUAAAGCUCCAACAUCAGCCUCCGUUCUCAAUUUUAUGCAUUAAUAAUAUUAUUAAUAUUAUGGCUCUUUCCUGACUGAUAAAAAAUUAAUAAUGAAUGAAUUUAUGAAUUAAUGAAUCAGGAAUACCUUGCGCAAGAUACUUCUAAAUACUUGGAUGCAUCUGCCAGACAAAUCCAGGCAAGAAGACCGACUUGUGACGUUUCAGUGUAUUUACCUGACAUCACUUUAAAGUGUGUCUGCUGUGAAAACUGAGCCUGACGCUCAAAUGCUCAGCACAUAUUGAUUCACACAAGAAUGAUAUCUGAGGUUAUUGAAAUAAUCAUACAUUAAAAAUAAUAAGUAGUGUUCAGUUUAGCGAAUUUAUAAUUGUGUAGAGUUUUUUUUUUUUUUUGCCAUGGACCCACAUAAAGUGUCAACCCCACAAAUCAAGUGUGAAGACAAAAGCCAGUUAGAUCAGGAGAGCCUGGGUGUCACCCAUGUUGACCAUCUGAGGAGCUUGAAGGCUUUGACAGAAAAGCUGAGGCUGGAGAUACGCAAGCCUUCCUACCUGGAGUGGAGAUCCCAACUGGAGGCCAAAUGUGCCAAAGGUCCCAAGGCCCAGGAGGAGCUGUCGGGCCCCAAGGAGAAGACCCCGGGUUCCCUGAGAUGGUCCAAAAGAACCAUCUUCAGCACAGGCGUCAUGCAGGACGGAGGUGUGCCUUCAGGAACACUGCGAGGGUUUGGGAGCAUUGAGGAGGCUCUGAACUGGGUCAAGAAGGAGCUGACAGAGAUGCGCCUGCAGGACCAGCAGCUGGCUCGGCAGCUCAUGCGUCUGCGCGGCGACAUCAACAAGCUGAAGGUCGAGCAGGCAUGCGACCUACACCGCAAGAUGCUCAACGACGCCACCUUCGAGCUGGAGGAGCGCGACGAGAUGUCGGACCUGCUGUGUGACUUCCCAGUGGGCCCGGGCCUCGGCCUGUCGGCGCCGCUCAAGGUCAUUGGGGUCACCAAGAUGAACAUCAACACACGCCGCUUCUCCCUCUGCUAGUGCUACUAACUGACACCUCAAAGUGUGCAUCUCAAAUAAACCCUUCUUGGUCCUGGAAAGCUCAUCAUUGUGGAUUUAUUUUGUGGCAUCUGUUAAUAAGGCAGUAUGAUCCUGCUGUAAAUCCUGCCCAGACGCCAGUCUCUCUUGUACAGUAUCACAGUGGCUUCUUUUUAGUGCCAGCUUUUUUUUAUUAUUAUUAUUAUUAUUAUUUCUUUCACAUUUCUGUCUUCGCCUUCAAUGUGACACAUUGGUUGCUGUCAAAAGUACUAAAUCUGCUAACGGCGCGCUGACAGAUGCUUGGAAAUGUUGAAGUUUGUAGGGUAAUGUGGUUUCAGUGAGGCUGUUUUCUAAUGUAAACGCAGUGAUGCCUUAAUAUAGUGUGACUGUGAUUGUACAAAACGGUGAGUUUUAAGUGUGCUGGAUUGACUGUACUUCUCGAAUCGUGUGGCUCUCAACAGUGAUUCAGAGCUUAUUGUUUUAAUCACAGUAAUGAAGGCCUUUUUUACAUAAAAUUCAUGUUCAUCAAGUGCUGUUAGAAAAUAAAAAGCAGCUGAAUUACAGUUUGUAUAUGUUUAUUAAAUCUGAAAAGAGUCUUUGAUGUAUAAAAGAUUAUGAAAGCGAGUUUCUACGAUCAGGGCCUAAAGAAUACACUGAAGUUGACAUGUGCUGAUACAAGUAAUGCAAAAUGUCAGUCUGCAUUUAUGUUGUUUAAGGUCUUUAUUAUCAGUGGGGAUUUAAGGUGCAGGUAGGAUACAAGACAAUGAUAAGACAGAUGAUACUUUAUUCUCACUGUAUACAAUACAAUGAAAUUCUGUAUGGCAACCCUGAGAAGAA